CCCGCCCGGCCCCGGGGCGUGGCCUCCCACGGCUGCCACAUAAAAGUGCGGAACGUGCCUCCGAGGAAAGGAUCCGCCGCGCUGACCUGGCAUCCUCCUCUCGUGCAAAACUGAGAUCCAGGUGGCGAAGGGAGAGAUGGGUGGCCCCGAGACCCGCCUUGGCUUCCUGGUCCUGCUUCUGAUUGUCUGCUUCAGCGGGACGCCCGGCGACGCUCACUCUCUGUCCUAUAACUUCACCAUCGAUCCUCAGUCCAGACCUGGACAGCUGUGGUGUAACGUUGAAGGUGAUGUGGACAGAGAGGUUUUUCUGUCCUAUGAUUGUGGUCAUGCUAAGAUCAUAUUCACUAGUCCAUUGGGAGAAGAAGUGAAAACCAUGAAGUCCUGGGAAACACAGAUCGAAACUCUCAGAGACAUCAGGGACCAUCUGCGUGUCUUUACACUGGAGAAACCCACGGUCACGGACCCUCUCACCCUGCAGGCCCUGAUGACAUGUCGCUGUGAGGAUGACAGACACAUCAGUGGAUCCUGGCAGUUUGGCUUGAAUGGACUAAUGAGCCUCCACUUUGAUUCGGAGAAUGGACACUGGAGAGUGGAUCACCCUGGAGGCAGAUGGAUGAAAGAGAAGUGGGAGAAUGACAGAGAUGUGACCAACUUCCUGGAGAAGAUCUCCAUGGGAGACUGUGGGGCCUGGCUUCAGGCUUUCAUGGGGUGCUGGGAGAAAAUUUUGAAGACCUCGGCAUCACCGACCACGGGCCCCUCUGCAGUCCAGCCCAGGGCCACAGCCAUCAAGUCCAAAGCCUGGAUCCUCCCUGUGCUCCUCACCAGUUUCAUCAUAACUGUCUUCCUGGGCUGAGUCCUUUCCAGGAACAGGAGAUGGUGCUCCCAGGAAGCCCGACAGGUGCUCUUCAGCCUCAGGACUCAGUCUUUGCUUGGCCGUCUUUGUUCUCCUGCUGUUCGCUUUAGAGCCAGGAGGUCAGACCCAGGAGUUCAGAGCCUGCCUUCCCAUUGUGAUGAGAAGUGGCUGCACUGUCUCGUGUCUCUUGUCACAUCUGGGGAACAGACUCCUCAGUCUCUUUUUAUUCCCCCAACUUCUUUUACUGCUUUCUCUUGGUGCUAAGUGAUGGAAUCCCUGCAAUGAAAUAUUCAGCUACUUGAACAAGAAAUCUCCACAAAUAGGACACUUUCUGUUUUCUUCUAGUUUGUGAAACAUCAGACUCUUCUCUGUAUGGCAUUCUCAUUGUUGCAAAUGGUGAUAAUGCGAGAAAAAUACCAUCUGCUAUUACAGGACUCAGGGAUUCUUUCUGUGUUCAGAGAAACAACUUCACUGUUUUGCACAUAACAAAAUAUUAUGUCUGAAUGUCUCUUUUAGUGAUUUUAUUUCCUAAUAUGAAUAUUUAAGUCAGUAUCUCACUAUUGCAAAAGACAUAAAUACUUCAAGUUUCUUUUUCUAAUCAAGGAGGGAACUUGGGACAUUUCACCCUUUUUCCACCUUACGGGAUUAAAUACAACUGAUGAUUCAGCUACAUUUAUUGUAGAAGGAGAGAAUAAAAAGAACGCUCUUAAAGUAACAUGCAGUCUAGCUGUCGAUCCCAAUCAUGAUACCUGGAUUCAAAGUCAUAUUCUGGAACUUGUGCAAUGAAAUCUUUUUUGUUUUUUUUUCAUCAAGAUCUGCAUGCUCAGUAGUGACCCUGCUGUGUUCAUGUAUGCCUCCCUCUCUCCAAGGAGAAGCCAGACUUCACAGCACAAACUAUGUCUGUUUUGAAAAGUAGGUUUAUUUCCCCAUUGACAGAGGAUCAUAUUCAGAAUAGAUAAUGAAUUACUACAAAUAAAGAAGAUAAAUUGUACCUUUUUGGCCACUGAUUGAGCUGUUCACAUAUGGUGAAUUGUUGUUCGGUCGCUAGAUCAUGUCAAACUCUGUGACCCCAUGAAAUGCAGCACAUCAGGCUUCCUUGUCUCUCACUAUCUCCGGAGUUUGCUCAAACUCACAUCCAUUGAGUCGCUGAUGCCAUCCAACCAUCUCAUCCUCUGUUGCCCUAUUCUCCUCCUGCCCUCAGUCUUUCCCAGUAUCAGGGUCUUUUCCAAUGACUUGGCUCUUCACAUCAGGGAGGCAAAGUAUUGGAGUUUCAUCUUCAGCAUCAGUCUUCCAAUGAAUAUUCAGGGUUGAUUUCCUUUAGGAUGGACUGGUUUGAUCUCCUUGCAGUCCAAGGGACUCUCAAGAGUCCUAACUAGCACCAUAUUUCAAAAUCAUCAUUUAUUCAGGGCUCAACCUUCUUUAUGGUCUGACUCUCACAUAUGUGCAUGACUCCUGGAAAAUCCAUAGCUUUGACAGGAUGGACCUUUAUUGGCAAAGUGAUGUCUUUGAGUUGCACAUUCUACUCAGCAUCUUUCUUUUUUCUUCUCAAACCAAUUUUACCACUUGACUUUGAUGGUCAGGUUUGCUUUCUUAUCACGCAUGUGUUCACUGGAGGACCACUUUUGAUUUCCUUUGGGUACUUUUCCUUUGCUUUCACAACUUGACCAACUGUUUCGUGGGAAAGUCCUGGCUUCUGGCCUGUCUUGGCUUUUGACAUGUCUUUUUCAAAAGCUUAACUAUUUCUACCCUUGGAUUUAAAGUGAAAGAUGUGUGAUUCUUACUCUCACUCAGACAUGUAGAGGCCACUGUAAAUUUCUUUCUUUUCUUUAGCUUUUCUACCAAGGAGCAAACAUCUUGAGCUGUAGUCACCUUCCACAGUGAUUUUGGAGCCCAAGAAAAUAAAAUCUGCCUGUGUUUCCAAUUUUUCCCAUAUUAUUGCCAUGAAGGGAUGGCCCCAGAUGCCAAAAAUCUUAGUUUUUAGAAUGUUCAGUUUUAGGCUAGUGUUUUCACUCUCCUCCUUCACCUUCCCUAAGAGGCUCUUUAGAUCUUCUUUGCUUUUUGGCAUUUGGGUGGUAUCAUCUGCACUUCUGAGGUUGUUGAUAUUUCUCCCUGCAAUCUUGAUUCCAGCUUGGGAGUCAUCCAGCCCAGCAUUUCACAUGAUGUACUCUGCAUAGAAGUUAAAUAAGCAGAGUGACAACAUACAGCCUUGACGUACUCCUCUCCCAAUUUGAACCACUCCAUUGUUCCAUGUCCAGUUCUACUAUUGCUUCUUGUCCUGCACACAGGCUUCUCAGGAGACAGGUAAGGUGGUUGAGUAGUCCCAUCUCUUUAAGAAUUUUCCACAGUUUGCUGUGAUCCACACAGUCAAAGGCUCUAGUGUAAUCAAUGAAGAAGAAGUAGAUGUUUUUCUGGAAUUCCCUUACUUCUGUGACCCAGUGGAUGUUGGCAAUUUGAUCUCUGCUUCCUCUGUCUUUUGUAAAUCUAGCGUGUACAUUGGGAAGUUCUCAGUCCACGUACUGCUGAGGCCUAGCUUGAAGGAUUUUGAGCAUGACCUUGCUCGCAUGUGAAAUGUCCUGGUAUGAGAGUUUGAACAUUCUUUGGUAUUGGAAUGAAAACCAACCUUUUCCAGUCCUGUGACCAUUGUGGAGAUUUCCAAAUAUGCUGGCAUAUUGAGUCCAGCAUUUUAAAAGCAUCAUCAUUUAGGAUUUUAAAUUGCUCAGCUAGAAUUCCAUCACCUCCACUAGCUAUGUUCUUAGUCAUUCUUCCUAAGGCCCACUUGACUUCACACUCCAAGAUAUCUGCCUCUAGAUGAGUGACCAGACCAUCGUGGUUUUCCAGGUCACUAAGAUCUUUUUUGUGCAUUUCUUCUGUCUAUUUUUGCCACCCCUUUUCAUCUCUUCUGCUUCUCUUAGGUCCAUACCAUUUCUGUCCUUUAUUGAGCCCAUCUUUGCAUGAAAUGUUCCCUUCAUAUCUUGAAUUUUCUUGAAGAGAUCUCUAGUCUUUCCCUUUCUAUUGUUUUCCUCUAUUUGCAUUGAUCAUCUAGGAAGCCUUUCUUAUCUCUCCUUGCUAUUCUUGGGAAUUCUGCAUUCAGAUGGAUAGAUCUUUCCUUUUCUCCUUUGCCUUUCACAUCUCUUCUUUUCGCAGCUAUUUCUAAGGCCUCUUCAGACAAUCAUUUUGUCUUUUUGCAUUUCAUUUUCUUGGGGACGGUUCGCUCAGCACCUUCUGUACAAUGUUAUGAACCUGCAUCCAUAGUUCUUCAGGCGCUCUGUGUACCAGAUAUAAUCCCUUGAAGCUAUUUGUCACUUCCACUGUAUAAUAGAAGAGAUUUGAUUUAGGUCAUAGCUGAAUGGCCUAGUGGUUUUUCCUACUUUCUUCAAUUUAAGUCUGAAUUUUACAAUAAGGAGCUCAUGAUCUGAGCCUCAGUCAGUUCCCAGUCUUGCUUUUGCUGACUGUAUAGAGGUUCUCCACCUUUGACGACAAGGAAUAUAAUCUGUCUGAUUUCAGUACUGACCAUCUGGUGAUGUCCAGGUGUAGAGUCUUCUCUUGAUUUGUUGGAAGAGUGUUUUUGCUAUGACUAGUGUGUUCUCUUGGCAAAACUCAAAAUAGCCUUUGCCCACCUUUUUUUUAUAUUCCAAGGCCAAACUUGCCUGUUAUUCAGGAAUCUAUUGACUUCCUACUUUUCAUUCCAAUCCCCUAUGGUGAAAAGCUCAUCUUUUUUGGUGUGAGUUCUAGAAGGUAAUGUUGGUCUUCAUACAACUAUAAACUUGUGAAAACUUUGAACAUAUCCUGAAAAAUCAAUCUGACCAAAAAAAAAAAAAGGUGAGAUACCCUCACAUAUUCAUAUAACUGACAGCCUUUUAAAUAAAUCAUGAUCAAGUGGUACAGGAAAUGCAUUUACAGGAGUUUUCUUACUUUGCUUGUAGGAAUAAAAUUGAAUCAUGUCUUGAGAUGUAUAUUUCACUGUAUCUCAACAGUAGCUUGUUGUCCAUCCUACUACACCACGAACCCAACGUUAGUUCCAGAUAGAAAAUGUGAAGCCAUGUAGACGCAGCCAUGAAAAGCCAUGUAGAUACAGCAAAACCUCAGAGAUAUUCCAGGUUGGGAUCCAGACCAGGGCCAUAAAUUGAAUAUCAUAACAGUGAAUCACACAAAUUUUUCAUUUCCCACUAUGUAUAUAGUUUUGUUGACACUGUCCGAAGUCUAAGUGUGCAAAAGAUUUAUGACCAAAUAAAUAAUAUACAGAGUUUAACAACACUGUGUUCCUAAAAUAAAGUAGU